GUGUGACGUUCAAACUCUCCCCACAGGCGGCCUUCACCCCACCCAAACCUCAAUCUCCGUAUAUUACUGUAUACCAGAAUUACAUUAAAGAGAUGUUUUAUUAAAAAUCACCAGUUAGUAAAGAACCGAUUCCCGUAUUAAUAAUUGUUUUACACAUGCUUCCGCUUUUAAAUUUUUUUUGGCUAAGAUAUUUGUUAAAGAUAAUUUAAUCAAUUCUGUCAUGCAAUUGUGUCUUUUUGGCACGUCAAAAUUAUACGCGGUAUAUAAGUUGGAAAUAGACAAAAUAUUAAAGUCUCCUACAACAACACGGUCUUUUAUGUGUAAACAACUCGCUCUGCAGCUCCAUAGGAACCAUUGGUCAGGGAACGAUGUUCCACACGGACUCUUUCAUGGCGCGGUCGAGAUGUUUGUUUUCGUUACCAUCAUAUUUGUCUUUGUGGCUUACGCUAUUUCUAUUAAGUUUGUGUAUUGCAGAUAUAGUCAGUUAUGGCCACGCUUGCUGAAUAAAAUAUCCACUCCUUUAUGCACCGUUGGAAACUCAAAUUUUUGUCCAACACAAAAGAGGUCCAGCGCGCACUUACGGAACUCGGAGGAUGACAAGCCGCGCCUGACCGCCAAGGAGACUCGAGUUCUGUUAGUCACUGCACAUCCAGAUGAUGAAUGCAUGUUCUUUGCACCCACGGUCUUAAAACUUGUUGAAUCACAAGCAGCUGUUUAUUUGUUAUGUUUGUCGACAGGCAAUUACAACAAUCAAGGACUCCAGCGCAAAAAGGAACUGCUUGACAGCUGUGCAGUUCUAGGAAUCCCAUCCGACCAUGUCACCAUCAUAGAUGACAAAGCACUUCCAGAUGACCCAGCAAUCCAGUGGAGCACUUCACUGAUCUCCUCUCUGAUCCUCAAAAGCAUCCGAAACUAUGGCAUAAGUGUGGUACUGACAUUUGAUGGCAGAGGUGUGAGUGGACAUGCUAAUCAUAUUGCCAUCUACAAGACCCUCAGGCAUCUAGUUUCUGCUGGACGGCUACCUGAAGGUUGCCAGAUCUUCUCUCUUCACUCCGUCAACUUACUCAGAAAGUACUUGUCAGUCCUAGAGCUGCCAAUCAGCUGGCUUCUUCCCUCUGAUUUCUGCUGCGUCAUUGGACAGGAGGAGUAUAAACGUGCCAAGAAAGCCAUGCUCUGUCAUCGCUCUCAGCUGCUGUGGUUCCGCCGGCUCUACAUAUUUUUCUCGCGCUACAUGUUUGUAAACACGUUCCAGGCCAUCACCAUGGAAACAAAGAAUGUGAAGAUUUAUUAGCUUAGAUUGUCUUGGGCACCGUUCCUGUCCAUGUAGGACUGAAGUUAUGCACUGAAAUUUUUAAGUAUAGGUUUACUUCAUGUUUCUUAUUUCUUUAUGUAACUUAAUUCCAAAUAUGCUGCCACUGAAGUACUGUACAGUGACAGCAUAUAUCAAUAAGCCAGCAUUUCCAACCUCCAGACACUAAUGGAGAACCUUACAGACUUUAUCCCAAACAAUCCAAUAUUCUGAAAGCCAGCUUUCUGUGGAGGUUUAGGUUUAGGGGAGUUAAGCGCUUUAAUACAGUAGUUGAAUCCAAAACACAGAUUGUGCCUUUGAGUAUGCAGGGGAUGGAGGAUGAAAUUUGAUUCUGUAUAUUGUUUACAUUUGCUGUUACUGUUGUUAUUAGACUUAUUAAAGUAGAGUUAAAGCACUGUUUCAAAUGGAUCAGUAAGUACUGUACCAAAUCUUAUGAUUCAGUAAGGUUUCAAAACUGACAUGUAAUUUUGAUAUCUUAUAACACUGUAAGUUUAUUAUGUUCUGUGAUGACUUCAAGCAUAUGCCAAUGUAAAACCAUGCAAUAAAUAU